UAUUCAGAUUAUAGUCAAAACGUUAGCGGCUCUUCAAGAGGUAUUUACCUAUAUCUCUCUUAGUAAAUAUCCAGUAUCCUUGUUGUGAAAAUCGAAAUCAUCGAAAAUGCGUGCAUUCGGCGUUUGCUUAGUUCUGGUGCUGUUCGUAGCAAUUCUGGUCGGUACCAGCGGCAAUCCUAUCGACGAUGAAAGCAUCGUCACUCCGGUAGCAGCGGAACAGCCGUUAUCCCUGUUUGAUCUCGACGCCCAGCAAGGACAUGAGAACGAAGGCGACCGUUUGGCGCGCCAUCAUAGUGGCUAUGGACAUGGACAUGGUGGCUAUGGACAUGGAUAUGGUGGCGGUCAUGGACAUGGAUAUGGUGGCGGUCAUGGACAUGGUGGUGGCUAUUACCAUUAAAAUGGGUGCAUAAAAACGUAUCAGCUAAGAAUUCGUUGCAGACAAAGCCCCAAAAUUGUGCGUGGUGGUAUUCAGACAAAAAUUAAAUCAGCUUUAUUUAAAUAAACCAAACCUAAUAAUGUGGUGUGAAUAAGAUAAACAUAAAUGUGAGGAAGUGCUGCGUAAUGAACUUUAGAACAGUCGAAUGACCUUCGGAGAAAAUAAUAUUUUAAAAAUAAGUUUAUUUUUUCAUAACUUUAGAAUUGACCUUGUUUUGUAUGUAACAAGUUUGUGUUAACGAAUGGAUGGAAUGUGAAUAGUAAAUAUAUUUUUUUAAAUAUUAAGAUCUCGAACAAAUUUUAACUAACAAAAUAAUUAAGAUGCAUUUUAUAUACAUAAGAGUAUCAAAACCGUCUAUUGAAUUUAUUUAAAUGGUCGAACCCACGUUUCUUUUGUAUAAAUCAUCAAUAAUAAAUAAGUUAUAACUACUGGGAAUGGGAAACAUUUGACGGAAAAAGUGUACCAAAUAACUAGACUAAAUCUGUCUCGUUAUUUAAAAUGAAUGAAAUUGAUGAAUUACGCACGCACAUAAUGAUUAUAUAAAUCUUUAUAGCGGAUAGCACGUGGACUCAUCCAUUUUUAAUAACUUCUUAUUUGUCUCAAGAUUAUUUUAUAUCGACUGAACUUAAAAUUUAACCAAUGAGUUUGAUAGUAAUAGGGAUGUAUGAACGUGAUAAAAACUAAGAACAAGGA